GGAGUUCUGAGGGUGUAGGGAAUUGUGCCGGUGCGCUAGAAACUCCCGCCAUUUCGACAAGGAAUUAACCUCUUGAUUGAUGCAGGGUUACUUUUUCGUAACGCUUCCUUACACUCUUAUCUGACAGGGAGAAGUUCCGACUGUACGAAAAUGCAGCUAAGACAACUGAUUGAACGAGAGCAGGCCUAGUUUGCACAGACUUGGGACUGUACAGCGCGCCAGACCUCAUGCUGAGCUGAGCUUCGGCUGUUGCCGCGAGUUUGAUUUUGGUGUGGUUUUGCAUCCUUUCGUGUUCAUCCGGAGCUAAAAGUUUACCAACUGUCUCGAGAGACAACUCCAGCAACCUUUUUUACACCCAAGUCAUAGCGUGGAACCAUCAUGACACCACUACUAGAGGAGAGAAGAAGGAUGCGAUGAGGCGGUUGGCAAGAAGCGCACUGUUAUUGUUUUGCAACAAGAUAGCGAUCCAGCCUACUAGCUAGUCAGCUAGCUGCUACACGUUGGGUGCCGGGCCUGCCGGCGGUAACGUGAACCGUGCUAAGAUAAUUCGGGACGCUUGGAUACAUGCUAAGGACAUUUUAUUGUAUAUUAUUGUACUAAAUUGUCUCUAGAAGAUCUGAUUUUAACGUUGGCACCCGUGCCAUCUGAAGAUUUGAAAUGGCACCGCUUUUGGGCCGGAAACCUUACCCUCUGGCUAAACCGCUAGCCGAGCCACCAGGCCCGGGAGAGGAGGUCUACAUCAUCGAGCACACCAAGGAGGCCUUCAGGAACAAAGAAGAGUAUGAGGCACGCUUGCAGAGGUAUGAUGAGCGCAUCUGGACAUGCAAGAGCACUGGAAGCAGCCAGCUGACGCAUAAAGAAGCAUGGGAGGAGGAACAAGAAGUCACCGAACUGCUUCAGGAGGAGUAUCCCCAGUGGUUUGAGAAGCCGGUCCUGGAGAUGGUCCACCACAACACAGUGUCUUUAGACAAACUGGUUGAAAUGGCCUGGGUGGAAAUCCUUACCAAGUAUGCUGUGGGUGAAGAGUGCGACUUCCUGGUGGGGAAAGACAAAAGUUUGCAAGUGAAAGUAGUGAAGAUCCACCCCCUAGAAAAUCCAGAGGGCGAGACAGGGGAGAAGAAGCUCGAAGGUGCCUGUGACUCUCCAUCCAGCGACAAGGAGAACGCAAGUCAGGAAAACCAGAGAAAGGAGCCUCUUCCCCGAGAGGAAGAAAACAGGAGGGAGAGUCUCAGUGACAGAGCACGACGUUCUCCAAGGAAACUUCCCACUGCCACGAAGGAAGAGAAGAAGAAGUGGGUAAUGCCCAAAUUCCUUCCUCACAAGUACGAUGUGAAGCUCAUCAACGAGGAUAAGGUGAUCAGUGAUGUCCCUGCAGACAGUCUUUACAGAACAGAGCGCCCUCCAACCAAGGAGAUCAUGCGCUAUUUCAUUAGGCACUAUGCUCUGAGGCUGGGCAUGGGAGAGAGUGCUCCCUGGGUGGUCGAGGAUGAACUGGUGAAAAAGUUUAACCUUCCCAGCAAAUUCAGUGACUUUCUUCUUGAUCCACACAAGUUUUUAGCAGAGAAUCCCUCGACAAAGCGUAAGAGUUUGACAUCUCCAGAGGGUAAACCAAGUAAGAAGCUCAAGACCUCUGACACAACAGGAGAGGAUUCAGGAAAUGAAAAGGGAGAGAAGAAAAGGAAAAAGAAGAAAGAUGCUUUAGGCAUGCCCCUUAGUCCUACUAUCUGGGGCCACAUGCAGAAAAUAAAAAUGAAUGGUUCUCCACUCAAGGUUAAGAACUCAGGAACCCCUAAGAAAGGAGAAGGCAAAGGCUCUACAACCUCCACUCCAAAAUCAGGCAGAAAGUCCGGCGACAAGAAAGAAGGAAAGAAAACUGGAAAGAGCGGUGAUAAGAAGCUCAAUGUGCUCAAAGCUUCUAAAAAGGAUGGUAAAGCUGGUGCUAAGACACCGAAGAUGAAGCAGAUGACUCUGCUGCAUCUGGCUAAAAGCACCUCUGCUGGGAGCCCUAAGAAGAGAGCCCGUAGCACUGGAAUGGGCACACCUAAACUGGGGAAGCCACUGCACCCGAUGGCUCUCCACCUCCUUCGUUAUUAUAAGGAGAAUAAAGGCAAAGAGGACAAAAAGAACUCCCUCUCCUCCCUCAUCUCCAAGGCUGCAAAGACCUUAUCCCCAGAUGAUCGUGGCCGUCUGCCAGAGGAGCUCAGGGAGCUGGUGCAGAAACGCUGGGAGCUUCUGGAGCAAAAGAAACGAUGGGCAGCCAUGAGUGAAGAGGAAAGGCAGGAAGAGAUGAAGAAGCGGCGUGAGGAACUCAAAGAGAAACUGCGAGAAAAGGCCAAGGAGAGACGCGAGAAGGAGAUGCUGGUCCGCCGCGAACAAUCACGUAGAUACGAGGACCAGGAGAUCGAAGGUGGCAAGACCCUGCCGACGUUCAAGCUUGUAGACAUGCCUGAGGGGUUGCCUAACACCCUGUUCGGUGACGUGGCCAUGGUCGUGGACUUCCUGCACUGCUAUGCAGGGCUGUUGAUGCCAGAUGAUCAAUAUCCCAUCACAGCAAUGGCUCUGAUGGAAGCGUUGGCCGGGGAACGGUCCGGCUUCCUCUACCUGAACCGUGUGUUGGUGGUGCUGCUCCAAACGCUGCUGCAGGAUGAGCUGGCAGAGGGCUACAAUGAGCUGGAUAUGCCCUUAUCUGAGAUCCCCCUUACCAUGCACUCAGUGUCCGAGCUGGCACGGUUGUGUCUGCGACCAUGCGAUGCUCAUGGUGAGGAGAGUGGCAAGGGCUCAGAGGACUUGGGGCCCAUGGGGGGCUUUGAUGAUGUGGUAACCAGUGAGUUCCUGGAGAAGCUUGAGACAAUCGAGGUGUUUGAGCUGAGCCCCGAGGAGAAGGUCAGCCUGCUGGUGGCGCUGUGCCACCGCAUCCUCAUGACCUACUCAGUGGAAGACCAUGUCGAUGAAAUGCAGCAGCGGUCAGCUGAGUUGUGGAAGGAGCGCCUGGCUAUGCUGAAAGAAGUCAAUGAUCGCAAGAAGGCUGAGAGGAAGAGGCGGAAGGAGAUGGAAGGCAAGGGUGAAAAGAAAAAAGAGGGGGGUUCUAAGAAGGAGGCCAAAAAAGAAGUAAAGGUGGAGCAGGAGCCAGAGCCAGAGGACAUGAUCAGCUCAGUGAAGAGCCGGCGGCUGAUGGCAAUGCAGGCCAAGAAGGAGAAGGAGGAGAUGGACAGGCAGAACAAAGAGCGUAUGGAGAAGGAGGCUGAAGAAGAGCGGAUGCGUAAACAGAGGGCUGCUGCAGAGAGGGCCUUCCAGGACGGGAUAACCAAAGCCAGACUUGUCAUGCGCAGGACCCCGCUGGGUACAGACAGAAAUCAUAACAGAUACUGGCUUUUCUCCGAUGUGGUUCCUGGUCUGUAUAUUGAGAAAGGCUGGGUGCAUGAAAGCAUCGACUACAGCUUCACCCCUCCACCUGAAGAAAAACCAGCUGAGCCUGAAGAGGAGGAGGAUGGUGCUCAUGACUCACAAGGAACUGAAAAGGAUGAUGGUAGCAUAGAUGGUGCUAUUAGUGAAGCAGCCCAGCAGGGAGCAGCAGCAGACGUCUGUAUAGAAACCACUGUUCCAAAACAGGGACAGAACCUCUGGUUCAUAUGUGACAACCCAGCUGACCUGGAAGAACUGGUGGAAGGUCUUCAUCCUCAGGGGGUCAGAGAGAGUGAACUGAAGGCGAAGAUACAAAGCAGGUAUCAGGACAUCGUCCACUCCAUCCAUCUGACACGUAAGGCCAGACUGGGCCUCAGGACUUGUGAUGGCUACACAGAGCUGCUCAAAUAUCUGUGCAGUGACAUUCAGGAGGUGGCUUCACGGCUCCAGAAGGGAGGCCUGGGAUACCUGGAUGACAACAUAGACAUCGAAGAUCGGUUGAAAGACACGCAGAGCUUGAAAGACUUUGGCGAGUGCAUCAUCACCAUUCAGGCCUGUGUAAUCAAGAAGUUCCUGCAGGGAUUCAUGGCACCUAAACAGAAAAAGAAGAAAAAGCACGGAGGUGAAGAAAGCAGCAAGGCUGAAGAGGUGGAUGAGGAGAAGAGACUGGCAGAGGAGGCGAGGGUAGCUACAGCGGUAGAGAAGUGGAAGACAGCUAUCAGAGAGGCCCAGACCUUCUCCCGCAUGCAUGUACUGCUGGGAAUGUUGGACGCUUGCAUAAAGUGGGACAUGUCUGCUGAGAACGCUCGCUGCAAAGUCUGUCGCAGGAAAGUGCUCAGGCAGAGCCCAUCUGUGCUGCAGCUGAUGGAGUCUAGGCCCAGAUCCAGACAGGGCAGCAUCAGCAGCAGGCUCAAAGCAGAACAGACAAGUAGUGUCAGGCAGGUCUACAUACAGAGCCGGCAGCUCCGCAGGACAACAGGUGACGAUGAGAAACUUAUCCUCUGUGAUGAGUGUAACAAGGCCUUCCACCUGUUCUGUCUGCGACCGGCCCUGUACCGCAUCCCUCACGGAGAGUGGCUGUGUCCUGCCUGCCAGCCCACUGUGGCCAGACGUGGCUCCCGGUCAAGGAAUUACAACCAAGACACAGAGGAAGAAGAGGAUGAGGAGGAGUCUGAAGAGGAAGACUCUGAAGUAGAGGAGGACGAUGAGGACGACAGCGACUACAGAACCACUAGGCACGGAUUGAGAUCAAGGAAGAAAAAUAAGCAGACUUCAUCACGGCAGAAAAGUUCAAAAAGUAAAUCCAAGAAGCAGUCGUCUAGUAGUCAGAGCAGCAAACAGAGGGCCGGCCCCAACAGCCCUGCAGACAUUGAUGACCUGGUGCGACAGAGUUCCCAGUCAGGAGUACGCAGGCAGGCGCUGGAACUGGAGAGGUGUGAGGAAAUCCUCAAGAAACUGACGAAAUUCCGCUACAGCUGGCCUUUCAGGGAGCCCGUGUCCGCCGAGGAGGCAGAGGACUACUUGGACAUCAUCUCUCAGCCCAUGGAUUUCCAGACGAUGCUGGGAAAGUUCAGCCAGGGUUCGUAUCGUCACGCCCAGGACUUCCUGGAAGACAUCAAGCUGGUCUUCUCCAACGCAGAGGAGUAUAACCAGCAGGGCAGCACCGUGCUCUCCUGUAUGGUCAAGACGGAGCAGACCUUCACCGAGCUGCUCCAAAAGCUGCUGCCUGGCCUCAGCUACCUCCGCCGGCGUUCACGCAAACGAGUCAGCCAAGCCCCAGCAACAUCUGAGGAAGACGAGGAAGAAGAAGAUGUUGAGGAGGCGGAGGAGGAAGAGGAGGAGGAAGAGGAGGAGGAGGAUGAAGAGCAGGAAGAGGAGCCGAAGAAGAAGAUGCAGAAUGGCAAAUCAAACAGUAAGAAAAGCAGAAAUUGUCGAGGACGGAGGGAUGAGGAGAGCGAGAGUGAGGAAGAACAAGAAGAGGAGGAGGGGGAUGAUGAGGAGGAGGAUGACGAGGAGGGUGAUGAUGAUGGAAGGAGGAGAAGUAAGCGGACCUCUGCCACCUCAGGCAGGAAAGAUUACAGGGAGCCGGAUAGCGAUGGUGAGCGGGACACACGGAGAACUCGUCAGCGGGGGGGCCGGGGUGACGCAGGGGGGGCGAGCAGCGACGAUGACCGGUCCAGCCAGCAGCGACAUUCCAAGAGGCAGAAACGCUCAUGAAGUCCAGGGUGCUUUUUGUUGUUUUUGUCGUCUCUUUGCUUUAAAAAUCUUUUGUCCCGCUCCUUUUUAAGAGAAAAAAAAAAAGAAAAGGAAAAAAAAAAAAGCUCGAGACCCCUCCAUCUCCUCCCACAGCCAGCGGGGCUCAAUCCUCAGAAGGACUCUUUUGUUUUAUUGAAUUUAUGUUCAUAUUUUGAAAAACGACAAAACUGAUUUAUAUUUGUAACAUGUUUAAUAUUGGUGAUGCUUUUUUUCCAACCAAGAAAAGAGGUAAUGGAGAGGUCCUCAUAGCUCUUAAGACUCUUUGAUUUGAAUUUCAGUUCCAAGUUGACAACCUUACAUACAUUGCUUUGUUUUUUACCUUUGCUCUCCCCAUGCACCAGUACAUCGUAAUCAGAUAUAUGUCCUCAUUCAUAGUCCAGCCAUCAUCUUUACUGGGGUGUUUCAGGAUAGUUGUCCAGCUGUAAAAUGUUUGUCCCACCCACAUCUCUGUUACAAGUCAUCAUGUUUUCACUGACUAACAGUACUUCUUAAAGAGAUGGUGUCAAUGUAGCUGAAACCCUCUUUCUUGGCUUAGAAACAGCACUGAUGGCUGAUUAUGAAUUUUUCUGUCACCUGUAAAUCGCUCUUACUACUAAGUAUCUUGCCACCAAGAUUAUCUUUGGUCAAAUGCAAGUCUAUAGAUAAACAUGAUAGGAUUUUACUAGUUGUAGUAGUUGUUUUCCAGCCCAGGUUCAGAUUUCUUGUGAAAAGUCGAGUCGAGACUGCAGAUCAGUGUGUAGUCACAUCAUUUUAAUGCAAGAAGAAAAGAGAGAAAAAAAAAAAUCAUCUCAGCUCUCGGUGCCAAGCUUCGAGUCUCAUUCUUGGUGCGUAGAGCUGACCAGCCUUUCCUCCUCUGUAGUGCCCUGCCACUUUAAAAAGAACCGGUACCUCAAUGCUCCGUCAGUUUGCACUCCUGUGUAAAGUGCGCCUACUAUGCCAGCAGCUGCAGGACCAUACUUUAUUGAAUUUUGUGCAUAAACAUUUGUAAACAGUGUUUAAAACAACAAAUGUGAUGUUUGUUAAAAAAAAAAAAAAAACGGGCAUUUUUGAAUAUUUGAUAUUUUUUGCACAUUUUAUUUGGUAUUGUAAAUGAUAACUUGAUGAUCUUAUUCACAUCCAAUAAAUUGCAAGGUUUAACCAGGGCUCUCGUAGUCAAUACAGAAAACAUGUCAGAGUUAUUGUAGUUUUCAUUGUCGCAGCAGAAACCAUCACUUGCUUGUACAUUUUGUAACAAACCCCUAAUGCCCCCUGUCAUUCCUUAAUGUGGAAUUGGUGACACAAAUGUUGUGGCUUAAAGCAACAAGGUAAAUGAAGGUUUCCCAGCAUGUCCUGGUUCAGUCACCAGGUGGUGCUCUCUUCCUGCUCUUUGUCCCAGCAUUUUCCAAGUAUUACAGUGAUACUGCUGUGUUUGCUGGGCUGCUGUAACACCUGACUGCCACAGGUUUGUGCUCUCACUGUCCAUUAAAGCAGGGGAGCUCCAUAGUGCUGGUAUAUUUUGACUUUUGUAGUAACUUCUAAACAGGGGGCAGGAAAACUGCUGCAGCAAAUUGUUUUCAUUUUGAAUCAGACAAAACAUUUAAAUGAAAACUUUUUUGAAUGUGCAGCAGUUUCUCUAAUUUGUAUCGAGGUGUAUAUAUACAUAUAUACAUACUGAUAAGGCAGUGGUUGGUUUGCCCUCUUCUGUCUGUACUGUGCUGUGUUGUUCUCCUGUUUUUCUAGUGCUGUUAUCAUCAAAACUUUACUGAUUUCAUUCGGCCACUGAUUGUUUUUUUGUUUUUUUUUUACCCCCCACGCCCCUUCAUUAUUUUUGUUUCAAUUCGGCUUUGUUCCUGACAUGAAGCAAAAGGUGACUGCCCCUCUCAAAAUGAGACCUGACUGUAAAUGCUUUCUUUAUUCUUGGAGGAACUGCAAAAGUCUUUUACACUUCCUUUUUUAUAUAUAUAUUUAUAGUCUCUAAAGUUGGGUUUGGGCAGGUUCGGAGGAUUUACAUGUAAAGAAUUUCCAAUAAAGGCUAUGGACGAAGACCGUAGUUCUCCCUGUUUUAUUUGUUGAGCUGAUGAGCAUCCCCAGGUCAGACUGACAGACAUCACUGCCAUCUGUAAACCUUGUUAUUAAAACGAUGAACGAUGAACAGGGAGCAAAACGGGUUAGCCGUGACCACCAACUGAUGUCUAAUUUUACUUUUUAAUAAAAUAUCAAACGGUUGUCUUUUC